CAGAAUACUGCAUCUGGGUAUUCGGCUAAUAAUGACAACUUUUGACUUUUCAGACGUGGAGGCGUUUCUGGACCGCCACCCAGAACUCUUCGAGGACUAUGUGAUCCGUAAAAGCGGGCGCGCAGCGGUGAGCACACGCCUGACGGAGACGCGGCCGUGCAGCAGGUCCGCUCCGGAGGAGGAGCGCGAGGACGCGGACUGCGGGAAACGGCGCUCGUCGCACGCCGAGAUGCGGCGUACGUUCGCGCGCUCCAAGGCGAACGCCACGCACCACACUUACGACGAGCGCACGAGCGUGGCGGCGCGGGAGUCGCAGGCCAGCGUGAGGCGGCGCGCGCUCUUGCGCAAGGCGAGCUCGCUGCCGCCCACCACGGCGCACAUCCUGAGCGCGCUGCUGGAGUCGCGAGUGAACGUACCACGCUACGCCUCCAGCGCGCUCGAUUACAAAUACACGCUCAAGGAGUCCGACGAGCGCAAGUUUUUCCUCGAGCUCGUCAAGGACAUCUCCGGCGAGCUCGACAUCACCAACCUGGGCUACAAGAUCCUAGUAAACGUGUGCGUCAUGGUGAACGCAGACCGCUGCUCGCUCUUCCUGGUGGAAGGUCCAGCGCACGAGAGGACGUUAGUGUCCAAGUUUCUUGACGUGCACUCGGGCACAGCGGGGCGACCCUGCUCCAGCGCAAUUCCCUUUGCCGAGGUGCAGCUGCCCUGGGGCAAGGGUAUCAUCGGCUACGUGGCCGAGCACGGCGAGACGGUCAACGUCCCAAACGCGUAUGAGGACCAUCGGUUUAGUGAUGAGAUUGACAAGUUGACAGGUUAUAAAACUCAGUCAAUCCUGUGCAUGGCCAUCUGUAACAGUGAUGGAGAGGUGAUUGGAGUGGUGCAGGCCAUCAACAAAAAACCCAGUGGAACACCGUUUACUGAGGAUGAUGAAAAGGUGCUACAGAUGUACCUACCCUUUUGUGGGAUAUCUAUCUCCAAUGCCAAGCUCUUCUCUGAGUCCCGCAAAGAAUACGAUAGGAGCCGGGCUCUUUUAGAGGUGGUGAAUGAUCUGUUUGAGGAGCAGACAGACCUGGAGAAGAUUGUGAGAAAGAUCAUGCAGCGAGCACUUACCCUGCUUCAGUGUGAACGCUGUUCUGUGCUGCUACUAGAGGACAUCCACUCACCUGUGGUAAAGUUCUCAAAGACAUUUGAGCUUAUGUCACCAUUUUGCAAUGCGGAUCAUGACAUAAGCAUGGAGAAGGUGUCCUGUUCUGACUGGCUGAUCAAUAACAGCAUUGCUGAGUUGGUGGCAUCUACAGGCCUGCCUGUUAAUAUAAGCGAUGUGUGUCAGGAUCCUCGGUUUGAUUCUGAGGCUGACCAGGCCUCAGGCUUUCACAUCAGGUCAGUGCUAUGUGUCCCGAUUUGGAACAGAACCCAUCAAAUAAUUGGUGUUGCUCAGAUUCUCAAUCGCUUGGACAGGAAGACAUUUAAUGAUGCAGAUCAAAGAUUAUUUGAGGCUUUUGUUAUUUUCUGUGGCCUUGGCAUCAACAAUACAAUGAUGUACAACCAAGUGAAGAAAGCCUGGGCAAAACAGUCUGUGGCUCUGGAUAUGCUGUCUUAUCAUGCUACAUGUUCAAAAGCUGAAGUAGAUCGUCUCAAGGCUGCUAAGAUCCCACUGAGCAGUGAACUGGGAAUCGAUGAGUUCUACUUUAAUGACUUUUCUCUGGACAAUGAUGCCAUGAUCACUGCCUCCCUGCGCAUGUUUCUGGAGCUUAGUGUUGUGCAAAAGUUUAAGAUUGAUUAUGAGGUUUUGUGCCGCUGGCUGCUCACUGUAAGAAAGAACUACCGCACUGUGGCCUAUCACAACUGGAGACAUGCUUUUAAUGUUUCUCAGUGUAUGUUCGUCAUGAUAAAUACUGCAGGGUUCCAGGAUUUUCUUACAGACACAGAGACUCUGGCAUUAAUGGUUGGAUCUCUGUGCCAUGACCUGGAUCAUCGUGGAACCAACAAUGCAUUUCAAGCCAAGUCAGGAUCAGCACUGGCAUUGCUGUAUGGAACAUCAGCUACUCUUGAGCAUCACCAUUUCAACCAUGCUGUUAUGAUCCUGCAGAGUGAGGGGCACAAUAUUUUUGCCAAUCUCAGCUCUAAAGAGUACAGCAACAUGAUGCAGCUCUUAAAGCAGGCCAUUCUGUCUACAGAUCUCAACUUAUAUUUCCAAAAAAGAACCAAGUUCUUUGAGUAUGUCCUGUCUGGAGCCUUCACCUGGUCAAUUCAGGAGCAUAGAGACAUUUUUAGGUCCAUGCUUAUGACUGCGUGUGAUGUGGGUGCUGUGACCCGACCAUGGGAGAUCUCUAAGCAGGUGGCAGAGUUGGUGACAAGUGAGUUCUUUGAGCAGGGUGAUAGGGAGCGAUUUGAGCUUAAGCUCACACCAUCUGCCAUUUUUGAUCGCAAUCGCAAAGAUGAACUUCCUGCACUUCAGCUCGAAUGGAUCGAUGGCAUUUGUAAGCCCCUGUAUGAGGCUUUGGUGAAGCUGAAUAGGAAGCUCAAGCCAAUGGUAGAUGGGAUGCAUGCCAAUCGAAAAAAAUGGGAGGAACUCUGUUUGUCCUAUCAACAAGCACGCCAAAUCUCAGAGUCCUCCAAUCCCUGUCCAGAACUGGAAGAAGAAGAAUCAAGGCACUGCACAGACUCCACCCUUUCACAGUCAUGUGAACCUGUGUCAACCAAGCAAAGCACAGAGUCUACCCAUAUGGUGGAGUUAAAUUAG